AUGGAGCAAGCCAUCCAUGCAGUUCGCGAGCAGUACAGCUUGCUGGCUAGUAUGGUCCGUCGGCCAGAGCUCUUCGUGCCAAUGCUCGGCAUUUGGGUGGCCUCUUUUGGAGGUGCGCUGCAUGCGCCUGUCACCACUUACUUUCAAGUUGAAGUGGGAGCUUCAACCGCCCAAAUUGGCAAUUUUGGCGUCAUCCGAACGGCUGGAGUCUUGCUGGUAUCCCCUCUCUAUGGCUGGCUCCUGGAUAGACGUUCCGCUUAUCUUCCAGCUGUACUGUCCGCCUUCUGCUGCACAUUUGGCUGCCUGAUCCAUGGCUUUGCACCUGACGUGUCGGGGCUGUACCUGGCAAGUGUGGUGUUGGCAUUGGGCGCUGUGAACUUCUGGAACGUUGUAGGGGCAUAUGUUGCGCUGGCAACACCGCGGGAGCAGCGGCAUGUGGUGGUCACGGGCUUCCAGGUCCAAGUGGCAACCCUGAGGCUGAUCGGAACGUCUCUCUACCCAGCAGUGGACUCUGUGCUGAAGGCUGCUGGUGUGGAGCAAAAGCUUGUUCGGUACAGGAUACACAUGAGCGAGUGCAGCAUCUUCUGCGUGGUUGCCUUUAUCUACCUGGUUGUCCGAUUUCAGCCGGCAGCAUGGGCACAGGAUGAUGACACCAAGGCGGAAGCGAAGAAAGCGGAACAGCCCGUGAAGAAAUCGCAAGUAAUCUUGCUCCUUUUGACGAGUGUCGUCCAAACCUUCGGUGAGACAGUCGUCACAGUUCUGUGGCCGCUUCACAUCCGCAAACUAGGGCUGGGUUCACAUGAUUUUGCAUGGCUACAGCUGGUCUCCCAACUCCUGAUUAUCCUGAGCACUCUUGGAUAUCCCCCGCUGACGCGGCUGCUGGGACACAGGGCUACGGCCAGUUCCUUGCCGAUGAUUGCAGGCGCUACGUCUGCACUGGCCUUCUUGCAGCCAGAUACUUCGCUUUAUGGCCAGCUGGUCCACAUCUCAAAUGUACUGACCUUCCUGGCCGUGUGUGGGACGAUGAAGGUGUGCUACCAACAUCUGACCACGCUUGCUGUGCCUGCUUCCCAGCAGGGGCGUGUUUUCUCCCUGCUUAACGUCUUAGGAUCUGUGGGCAACAUUGCCGGAAACAUCGUUGCAACAAGAUUCUCAGAGCAUGCGACUCCGUUUUCUUCCAAAGGCGCAACGCCAUUCCUUGUCACUUCAUCCCUGUUCUGCACUGUGGGCUGCGCAGUUGUGGGAUUACUGUGUGUGCCCAUGGAGGAAAUCAGCAGCUUCAAGCGCGUGCACGCAAGCGAAGGCCAUGUGCCCGAGUGA